AUGCCUCUGUUAUGCACAACCAUUCGCGGGACGUCUUUGCACGGUCGUCACCUCAAGCGCUUCUUGUCCGCUCUGCCCGAUAGUCUGCGCAUACAUGGACCCAUCGACGUCCAUCCCGAGGUCCAAGAUGCACUGGCUAACAAGAAGCCAAUCGUUGCGCUGGAGACUACAAUAGUCACCCACGGCAUGCCCUACCCUGUCAAUUUGAAGACCGCCCAGUCAGUGGAAAGCAAUGUUCGCAAGGCCGGUGCUAUCCCCGCGACGAUAGGCAUCAUCGGCGGUCGAGUCAAAAUCGGCCUUGAGCCCCGUGAACUUGGGUAUCUCGCCGAUGUCGAGAACAAUCUCGCUGUGGUCAAGGUCUCUCGCAGAGAUAUCGGGCCGGCAAUUGCACUGAAAAGAGAUGGAGGCACGACGUGCAGUGCUACACUAAUAUUUGCUGCUUUAGCAGGCAUUAAGGUUUUUGCAACGGGAGGCUUGGGAGGCGUGCACCGUGGCGGGGAGAUAUCCAUGGAUGUAUCCGCUGAUCUGCACGAGUUGACGCGGUGUCCUGUCGCGUUGGUCUCGGCAGGGGUUAAGUCAAUACUUGACAUUGGAAGGACUCUUGAAUACUUGGAAACACUAGGCGUUCCUGUCAUCUCGUAUGGACCAACGGAGGACUUCCCAGCUUUCUACAGCAGGCACAGCGGGUUCAAGAGUCCCUGGAGAGUCGAGGACCCGAUCUCAGCUGCCAAGGUCCUAUAUCAUCAGUCGCAGCUGGGCAUGACAAACGGCGCACUGUUUGGGGUUCCUAUCCCUGAACGAUAUCAAGAAGUCGGGGAAGAGCUGCAGCGGCAUGUGGAGCAGGCCGUCAAGGAGGCUGAGGAGAACGGCGUGAGUCGGCGCGGCAAGGAAGCUACUCCUUGGUUGCUGAGGCGUGUCGGUGAAUUGACCGCCGGGAGAUCACUGACAAGCAAUGUAGCGCUGAUUGAGAACACGGCACUCGUUGGUGGGCAAAUUGCGGUCGCAUAUGCUGACCUCCAACACGACCGGAGUGAGAUUACUCGAAUAGCGCUCCCGCGAUCCCCUGCACCUCAACGUCCGUCGACAGAGUCGGCACAUAAUAUUUCUUCAGCAGAGGCAACUGAUGCCGAAGCUUUGUCUCCAGCAAAGCUUGUUAUCAUUGGCUCAGCAGCUGUUGAUAUCACAGCACAGGCCGCUUCGGGGAACGAGUCGGAUUCUGUCAGCGGCUCGCACACGACCGUACCUGGCACUGUUUCCUUGAAUCUCGGUGGGGUAGGCCGGAAUGUCGCGGAAGCAGCGCAUCGCACACUGUCAUCGCGACUGGGAAGGGACUCUGAUGCUAGCAUCCUCAUCUCCCCCAUCGGACAUGAUUCCUUCGGCCGCCUGUUGGAAAACGAAAUGCAGCGGACACGGAUGCGGACGGACGGCCUCAUCCACAUGGACUCAGUGAGGACUGCCAUCUGCAACAUGGUCCUGGACAAGGCAGGAGGGCUGACAGGCGGAGUGGCCGACAUGGAUGUUACACGCGCAUUGGAUCGGGAAACGGCGUUACGGCUACUCCGGAAACACCAGGCUUCCUUGGUCGCGGUGGAUGGGAACCUCUCGGAGGAGACCUUAACGUCGGUUGUCAGUCACUGUCGCGAAAACAGCAUACCUGUCUUCUUCGAGCCUACUUCAGUUGUGAAAUCCCUCAACAUAUUCCCGGCCGUUGCUGCAUCGCUCCCACACGUCGACUCAAAUCACUCGCCGAUAGCGUACGUCGCGCCAAACACACUGGAGUUGAUGCAAAUGUACCAGGAAGCUGUUGCGGGUCCCGGAGAACUCACAUCACACAGCCAUUGGUGGACCGUUGUGGAAGCCAUGUCUCUUGGUUCAGUGUUCCGCAUGGACCUGGAACAGCUCGCAAGGCUCAACGCCUGUGAUCACGAUCCAAGCAAGGGCACGCUGUCAUUCCUGAUUGAUCAGGGCAUCGCCCAAAUGGCUAUACAUCUCCUCCCAUUCUUCCAACAUAUCAUCAUCAAAUGCGGCGACCGCGGCGUCGUCACUGUCUUCCGUGUCUCUGGCAAGUCUAUGGAAACGUCAGCAUGGAUGCAGGAGCGCAGUAACGUCCGCCGCCGAUACGUGGUCGGCCACGGGAAGUCGGGAACAGCGGUAGUGCAGCACUUUCCUGCUGUCCGCCUAGCGAAGGAGCAGAUUGUGAACGUCACAGGUGCAGGGGACACUCUUGUAGGGAGCAUGCUAGCAGGGCUACUGCACAAUCCUACAGCAUUUGAAGAUCCAAGCACAUUAGUUGAUUUAAUCUCAAAAGCUCAGGACGCUGCGGUACUGACAUUGCAGAGCCCAUGUGCGGUCUCGCCAGCCCUUUCUACAUAAUACAAUGAUAUGAUUUGGCAUGUGUUCUUCGCCCGGUCAAUGGCUAUCCUUGGGCGUCAGCGUGCAGCGGGCCCACUUGCACGACCUCGCGCGCUCUUCUCUUCGUCUCCUUAGCGAGUGCCGCAGCCGCUUUUUGCCUCUCCUUCAUCUUCUUCUCAUAGCGAGCCUAGAGACGAGUGAGUACCAUAUAACAUGCGACAA